GUGAAAGUUUCUAUUGAAAGAAGAGUAAAAACUCAAAACUCAAAAAAUGGGUGUCAUUAUUGUGAUUGCAAAACGUUUUGAUGCUCUAAUUGGGCCUGGAGUCAUGCUUCUCUAUCCUCUGUAUGCAUCAUUUCGAGCAAUAGAGAGUCCAACGAUGUUAGAUGAUCAACAAUGGCUUACAUAUUGGAUCAUUUACUCCUUAAUAACGAUAUUUGAGCUAUCCGUCUGGAGAGUCCUUGCCUGGCUACCAUUUUGGCCAUACUUGAAGCUUUUGUUCUGUAUGUGGUUGGUGCUACCAAUGUUCAGUGGUGCAGCUUACAUUUACUCCAAUUUUGUGAGACAAUACGUCAAAAUUGGGAUGAAUAAUGUUGGAGGAGGAACUAAUUAUACAGAUGAACAGAGAAGAGUUUUACAGAUGAUGAGUCUUGAUGCUAGAAAAUCGGUCCAAGAUUAUGUCGACCGGUUUGGAUGGGAUUCUGUUGAGAAAGCAAUCAAAGCGGCUGAAAGAGAAACUAGAAAGCAUUGAUGAAAUGGAAGAUCAAGAAUCAAGAAACAUUACUCUU